AUGAUUCUUUAUAUUUCGUUGUUUUCUUGGUGUUUUGUCUUGACGGUUGCACAGUCCAGGUCCACUGGUCCAAGUGAUCGCAAUUGUACAUACCAUUAUCAAGUAGAGGGAAAGUAUGCUCCCAGUGCCAUCAACUGUGAAAAUGUGUACAGUGAUUCCGCGUGUACGAUGAUAUAUGGAAAAUCUGUGGCACUUGAUGAAUCUGCAGAACGGCCAUUAUUGUGUUUUAUGAAUAAUGGUGUUAGAAAUGAGGAGAUGAAACGAAUUGCAAUUCGUACAUGCCCUAAAACAUGCGGAUACUGUUGUCUCACGAAUCAGUAUAAUUGCAAAAAUGCUAAAAUUCCGCGUGUCAAAUGCGAAAGUGUAACUAUGAGACAAUGCCGCGAUCCUGCGUGGCGUACAAUUCUCACGGAAGAUUGCCCAAAUGUAUGCGGGUUCUGUGCAGAAGGUGGAUGCGAAGACAAAGCAGUUGAGUGCGAAAAUGAUAUGUCGAUUUGUGGGAGCAUCAAAAUGCAGGAUUUUGUACAGGAGUAUUGCCGCAGAACUUGCGGUUUAUGUCGGCCAAGUACUGGCCCAGGAUCUUCCAAUUACGGUUCGAGAGAUUUGUUGCCGAAUUGUGUUGAUUUGAGUACAAAUUGUGCAAGUUGGGAAGUCCAAGGUCUUUGUAAAAGCCCAUUUUACACGUACGACUAUAAAUUCCGGAAUUGUGCUGCCACUUGUGGUCUUUGUUGA